UCUCUAAACUACAUCUUUAUUAUACUUGUAAUAUAACGUGUACUAUAAAGUCUAUAAUGUAUAUAUUAUUAUAUAUCUUAUUUCUUGUUUAUACAAAUUUUUAAACUUAAUAUUAAUACAUUAAGACUCAAUGCUACCUCUAUUAUUCCUGUGCAUAGUAACAAUGAUCACCUUGAUACUUUACAUUUCAUUUUUCUUCUCUCCAUCGCUGACUGCUUCGAACCGGAAACUGAGAGCAUCCUUCAUUCAAAGCAGCCUUUCUGGAUGGGAGACUUGCACAUCUUGUAAAAUUGACAGGCCCACCACCACGACAGAUGUAAAACUAGAAAUUCAAGAUGCCAAGGACCUCGUAAACUUCCAUAUUACAUACUUUGAAACCCAACUUAAGAGUCAUUUCUCUGCAAUCGGUGAGGGAAUAGACCAGAGUUACACCAACAAGUUUCAGAAAUCUUCUGACGCUGUAAUUGAGAAGCUGGAAAACAUAAAAGCAACAAUUGAAGUCAAAUAUAACGAACUUUCAGAGUCACUUGAAGUGUCCGGAACUGAUAUUUCAGAAAUAAACUCGAAAAUGAAGAUGGCUAAAACUGAGGUUCCAAAUUUUGUUAAAAACGGACAAGAGUCGUUCGUAAAUGUUUUCAAAAAUCUGCAAAAAGAAUUUAGCAUCACUAAACCCGAAGUAAAGGAUGAAAAGAAAACACCAAGUAGUACAAGUGAAGAUGACAAUAAUGUAGAGGAAGUUAAAAAUUCUGAUAACAAAUCUGAUACAAAGGAACAGGAGAAGAUAGACUUGGAGUCUAUCCCUCCUGAGGCAAUAAUCAGGACAAUUGACACGUAUUUGGAAGAUUUGAAAAUAGAGGGUAAUAAAUUAUUAAAUUCACUGUUGUUAAAUGAGAGUCCUAGGAGUCGUAGAGUUCAACAGAGCUAAAGUAAAGAUAAAAAUGUGUAAGCUUACUUUGAAUUUUUCUUAACGUAUGGACUUAUUCGGUAUCCAUAAAUCUUCGGAACGUAA